AUGAAUCAUAUAAAAUUAUUUUCUACAAUCUCUAAAAAUUGUAAUACUAGUUUAUUUUCAAAAUCAUCAUCAUCAUUAUUAUUAUUUCAAAUACCAAAUAUUAUUAAAAGAUUAUAUACAUCAACAUCAACCACAAUUAAAACUAGAAAAAGAAUGAAACCAAAUUAUAGAAUUACUAUGGAUCCUAUUGGACUUUUUGAAAGUGUAUUUUUAAAUAAAACAGGUACACCCAGACAAGGUAAGAUAGCACCAACUUCAAAAGGAAAGAUUAAAAUCGAUUGUAAACAUGGAUAUGAUGCUGUUAAAGGUUUAGAUGGAUUCUCUCAUGUAUGGAUUAUAUUUUGGUUCCACAAUAAUGAUACAAAUUGGAUGAAAGAACAAUUAGAUAGAGUAAAAAAUAAUGAAAUUAAAAAGAAACAACAACUCCAGCAGCAGCAGCAGCAGCAACAACUACAAAAUGACGAUAAUGACAAUACAGAGGAUGAAACAACUACAACUACAACAACCACUACUACUACUACAACCACCACUACAACAAAUAAUGAUAAUUUAAUUGAAAUUAAAUCAACCAAAGAAGAAAGAAACCCACCCAAACAUGUUACAGUUAGACCACCAAGAUUAAAGGGUAAAAGAACUGGUGUAUUUUCAACAAGAUCCCCACACAGAUACAACGAUAUUGGAUUAACAUUAUGCAAACUAGAUAGAGUUGAACACGAUACAUUAUACUUAAGCGGCGUUGAUAUUAUUGAUGGUACACCAAUUUUAGAUAUUAAACCGUACAUUCCUUAUUGUGACUCUGAACCAAAUGCAACCGUUCCAAAAUGGGUAGAAAACCAAAAGACCCAAGUAGAAAAUGUAGAAUUUACCGAAAACGCAAUCGAAACCAUGAAUUAUUGUUUAGAAACAUUUGGUUUAGAUUUAUUAAAAUUAGAAGACCAACAUUUAACCGAAGAACAAAGAACCGAAAAUAACAAUACUUUCAUACCUGAAAUGGAUAGAAAGCACGAAAGAUUAGAAAGAUUAAAAAAAGUUAUCACUGAAGUAUUAUUAAGCGAAGUUAGAUCAACCUAUAGAAUAAAAUGCAAGCCUGAUGAAGAAUGGGGAUUCUUUUGUGACACCUUAAAUGUACAAGUUAAAAUGCUAAAAUCUGGAACCAUUACUGUUUUCAAUGUUGAAGAUAAAGAUGUUUUUAUAAAAAGAAAAGAACAACAACAAUUACAAAAGCAACAACAUCAAAAAGAAUAA